AGCACGCGCGCCAACAGAGUGGUGCGCGGGCGCCUCCCUCCGCGUGAGUCGGUUAUAUGGGCGCGUGGCCGCGCCGGCUGGCGUGGGCUCGGCUCCCAGUGAAGAUGGCGCGGCUGCUGGAGAAGCUGGCACCUGAGGAUUGCCCCAGGUUCAUUCACAGGGUAAUUGAUGGUAUUUGUGGACGUGCAUUUCCACGGUUUCGGGAUUAUGGAAAUGUUUGGAGUCUUGUAGAAUGGAUGGAGGUCCUAGGUGAGGCCACAACGUUUGUAAAGCAUGCCUGCAGUAAACAUCUAUCAGAUGAAGAGGUUCAACAACUAAUGAAUGGACUGAGUGCAUCUCAUCAAGAAGCAGUACUUAGUUGUUUAAAAGCAAGAAAGGAUGAGCUCAGACGUGCAUUAAUCGAGAAAACCAACAACAUGUCUUCUGCACAGCUACAGGAUUUUGAUUGGCAGCUAAAGUUACCUCUCUCAAGUGACAAGAUUGCUUUUCUUCAAAUUCCACUGCUGAACCUUGACCUCAGUGUCAAGGAAAAUGGAGUACUAAAACCUGUCACCAUUGAAAUGGACAAAGAAGAGCUUCAGACACUAAUUCACUCUCUGGAGGCAGCAAAUAAGGUUGUUCUACAAAUAAAAUGAUUGGACAUGGUCAUUAGCAUCUAUUCCAAUGGAAGAACUACUUUGAACUUUGCACCGAUACUGAAGUGAAAAAGAUUGGAUUCAUAAACAAAGUUAUCAAGCCUGGAGAACUUCGAACAUCUUGAUGAAAAAUCUGCUUUGUUUUUAAAGCACUUGUUAACUUUCUGAAACUCAAUGAAGUUUGGUCAUGUUUAAUAUUUGGUUCAAUAACUGGCCACACAGUAGCAAUGUGCAGUAAAGCUAUAUUUGCAACUACAGUUUGUGCUUUGUUUCCUGAUUGAGCUGUAGCUGUUUGAUGUGUUCUUUACCAAACUAAUGAAGGCUCAUAGUGGAAGAUAUAACUGAGAAGAAAAAUACAUCUAAGAUUGUCAUGGAUUUCACACAUCAUCCAGAAGAGGGAUUUGACAUCUGAUCUGAUUGAAAAUGCUGGAUCUUCUGCAGCACUUGAGUGUGUUAUCUAGUAACCAUUUUGUUCAACAUGGGUCUCAAUAUUGUCAGAUUAGCUUUUGAGAUGGGAAAGAAAAUGAAUGAAAAUAGGGUAAAACAUUCAGAAAUAUCUACAUUGUAUACACACCCAGUAUUCAAUUUUAUAAGAUAUUUAACCUAUUUUUCACCUAUAUACUUUAAACUACAGUGGAUACCAGUUAAAUGGGAACAUCGGGGCCAGUAUUGUUUUUCUUUGGUCCAAUUAAGCGGAUGCCCAAAUUAGCUGAAGUUUUAUGGAAAUAGUUAAAAAGGUGCUAAAGUCAAACUACAUUUUAUCUGAAUAACAAAUUAUGUAUUUAAAGUAAAUAUAGAACAAAUUAGAUCACUAUCAAUAUUGCUACAAUACCAUAAAUCUAAAUUAGUUCAUAAUGGUUACAGAAUAAUUCGAGUGUAUGGAAGCAUAUACUCGAUUGGUAAACUAUCCAUUCUUAGCCCCUUAAAGCAUUGAGGUUUAACACUUGUUCCAAUAAACAGCAUUUUAUUUUUAUCAGUUCCUGACAUUUGAGCAACACAGCACGGUUAAGCAAUUCAUUGCUUUCUUUGAACCUGAUGGUGUGUGUUUGUAGCAAAGGGAACUGUCCAACAUGGCACUUUUUUUUUUAAAAGGGCCUGUUUCAUGAGCAUUUUUAAGUAUCAUCUGCAUAAAGUAUUUGUAUCAAGUUGGGGAGUUUUGUUGAUUUCCAUUUUUCUGCACUUUCAGUAUCAGCACUACCUUUCUCACUGUGCGCUUUCUUGAAUUUAAUGUGGUGCCUACAUUUCCAUCAAGACGACCAACCAUCUGUUGAUCGUGACCCAGCUUCUUAGCUUGUUCCUUUGACUUUUUUAUAUCAGUGGUCCACUGACAUGCACACCUUGUCCAGUUACAAUGGAAAACCAUUGACUGAGGACCUCAACAUCUGGAUCCUUUCACGCUUUUGUUUUCUGGAUGUUCCCUGUUGUCCUUCCUAUAUUAUCCAUUCUUACAGUUUAUCUUCCUGAUGUAUCAAGCAUGUAAUUGUAGAGUUUAGUACUCCAGUUAUCUCUGCCAGACGAUGUUGAAUGGACUCACAAACUAGAGAAAGUCUGCAGAUGCUGGAAAUCUGAGUAACACACAGAAAAUAGUGGAGGAACUCAGCAGGUCAGGCAGCUGAUUUCCUCCAGCAUUUUGUAUGUUGAUGGUGAAUGGAGUUAGGUGAUGACUUUUACUUCAGUCUAGUGUGGCUAGUAUCAAAUCUUUUUGUAGAAAAGGUCUCUUUUUUUUAAAAGUCAAUUUUGUUUUUUUUAUCAAACAUCACUGCUUUUUGAAUCGGUGUCCAUCAGCCCAAAUAGAUAACAAGCACAAGCAACUGUGCAACUGUUCACUUGAAGCACGGUGCAGUAUCUAAUGGUCACCCACACAGCUGGGCAUCUUCUGCCUCAAUUAAGUGGCAUAAAUGAGGGGAAUACCAGAUACUUUCUUGAUUAUUUUUUGUUCUUUAAGAGUUGUCCCAAAUAAGCAGCUGCCUCAAUUAGCCGAUGGCUCAAUCCAUUUGAUUCAAUUGUGCUGUUAUGUGUAUCUGUAAAUCCUUUAAAUAUUUUGGCCCAAUUUUGAAAUAAUGGCUCAUAUUCUGCUGGUAAUUAUUGGCAGAAUUUAGUUUUUCUGGGAUUGUCUCUGGUCUUGUGUUAGGUAUGAUGUAGGGUCCAUGGCCCUGCCAGUUGCAGCGAAGAAAGCCAAAAGCAAUAUGUUAAAUAGUUUAAAUUAUUUUAAGGAUUUUUGCUAACAUUAUUUUAUUGUUAAUGUAGCCACCUGCUUCAAUGCUACAGUAUUCAAAUUACUUUCUAAGUGUCAAAACAUUGAGGGGUGGGCUUCAGUACAUUGUGUAAGGCCUUGUUGCUCUUUGGGUACUGCCACAGGACUCCAGGGUACUCUAAAAAUGUUGGUCUUCUAGAGGGUAAGUACAGAUGUGGGAUGACUGGAAGUUCUUUCAGUGACCUGUGCCAAUUACUGUUAGCCCAUCGCAAUUGUAGGCUUCAACACAACUGUCACAAGUUACUGAAGGAGAUGUUUUGUGCCCAGAGUCUGUAAAACCAUGGUAACCUUGAUCUUUGUGCAGACAAUUAGAAAGUACAGCCAAAGUGUAGUGGUAGAUGGUUGCCCCUCUGAUGGGAGGCUUGUCACUAGUGGUAUGCUGCAGGUAUUAGUAUUGGGUCUAAUUUUGUUUGUCAUCUGUAUCCAUGAUCUGAAUAGUAGACUAGAUAAGCAAACUUGCAGAUAACACCAAGAUUCUGGGUAUAGUUUUCCUUGCUGUGUACUUGAAAGCUUGCAGUGGUAUCUGGAGCCGCUGGAAAAAUGAGCAAUUUAAUGCAGACUAGUGUGAGGUGUUGCACUUGGGGAGGACCAAGCAGGGUAGAUCCUGCAUGGUGAGUGUUGGGGCACUGAAGAGUGUAGUAGAACAGAAGCAUCUAGGAAUACAGAUUCAUAAUUCCAUGAAAGUGCAUCAUGUAGUUGUAAAGAAAACUUCUGGCACAUUGGUCUGCAUAAUAUUCCAGCUCCUGUAUGCAAUACAUUGUCUUAUCCAAUUUCAACAUAAAUCAUUGUUGAGGCCUAAUUUGGGGUAUUGUGUCCAAUUUUGAUCACCUAUCUGCAGGAAGGAUAUAACUAAGAUUGAAAUAGCGUAGAGAAAACUUACAAGGAUGUUGCUGGGACUUGAGGAUUUGAGUUACAGGGAAAGGUUGAAUAAGACAGGACCUUAUUCCCUAGAAGGUAGAAGAUUGAGGGGAGAUUUUAUACAAGUUUACAGAAUUAUGAAUAUAGAUGGGGUAAAUGCAAGCAGGCAUUUUCCGCUGAGGUUGGGUGAGACUACAACUAGAGGUCAUGAGUUAUAGGUGAAAGGUGAUGUGUUUAAGGGAAACAUGAGGGGUACUUCACUUAGGGAUGAGAGUGUGGUACAAGCUGCCAGCACAAGUGGUGGACAUGGGGUUGAUUUCAACACGAGAAAAUGUGCAGUUACAUGGAUAGGAGGGGUAUAGAGCAGUAUGGUCCAGGUGCAGGUUGAUGGAAUGAGGCAGAUUAAUGGUUUGUCACAGACUAGAUGUGUCCAGCCUGUUUCUGUGACUAGGAAUCUAGGAAAUUGUGGCUAUAGAUACUUUAAAAGUCUGGCUUGGAUUUCCCAUCGUAUUUCCAUGCUCCUCCUAGUGUCUGUUGCUGCUCCUGAUGUCUGUUCAGUUCUUCAAAAAAUUAAAGCCCAAUCCUAACUGCUAUUUUACAUCCCCAGUGCAAUUUUAAAAUAUGCGAAUGCUAAAUUUAGAUGGGUAUGCAAAUCUAAAUUUUCAUUCAAGUCUUGUAUGUACAGUAUAUAUAGUAAGUGAGGAUUUUGAAAAUAAAAUGUAGAGAUGAAGUCAAUGUAAGUCUUGAAGGAAGAGAAUGUGUUGGAAUCUUUACACAAUAAAACCAUGAUUUGUGAGAGUAUUCUAACUUUAAAUUUGAAUCUUUUGGUAAGGCAUACAUUCAUGACUGGAUGUAUUAAUAAAAUAAAGGCUUGGUUUAGUAGAUUUAAUAACAAAGCUGUUUCUCGCUUGUUAGUACUUUCUAAGGUCAAAUGGGGAAUUUUGCAUGUGUAUCCUGGUAGGCAGCAUUGCUUUUGACUGCCUUUAGUCACAGUUGAGCCCUUCAGGUUAAAUAAUACAAAUAAGGCAAUAAUAGUUCUUAAAUUCAAAAGGAAAGACUUUAUUUGGGGUGAAUAUUCUAUAAGGCAGAACUUAGUGCUUGUAUAAGAGAUUAGAUAAAACCUGGAAAUGCCCUACAGGUCAGGCAACAUGAAUGGAAAGAGAAGGGAGAAUAUCAGCUUGCAGUCUCUUGUGGAAGAGACAUUCAUCACCUGUGCAGAGAAGACAAAUGUGGACAUUUUUAACUUGGUGUGGUUUAUUCAUACAAAUAGUGUAUACCACAUUUUAAAUUUGCCUUUUCUCUUGGUUCCAUUUUGAAAAUAAUUUGACUGGUAUAUAUGUUUUGAGAAUUGAGCAUUGCAUGGCAAAUCCCAUGUUCAGAAUUAUUGUAUUUGUUAUCCUGUUCAAUAAAUGUUUUAAAAUAAAUUGAAAGCUUGACUUGUUAAAAUAUCACUGAAUUUUUAUACCAUUAAAAUUUUUUU